ACAGACACACACACAAACACGCAGAGCGACAGAUAUAUCGACUGUUUGCGUCUAAUAUCCAUAGAUUUCUUUCACUCAAAAACAAUUAAACACAGAAAUAAUAUUAUCCCGUUUAUAACCGUAACUCUGUGUACAUCUCCAUUUUGUAUGUAAUUAUUAAUCCAUCUUCUGCGCGACCGCCAUUUCCACAAUUCAAAGCUUCGGUUUAGCACGAACUGUUUUCUUUUUUUUCACCAUUUUCCAAUUUCAGGUGCGGGUGUAAAUUAUCUCCUCCGUGUCUACGUGAAUAACGAGGUAAGAUAGCUUGAAGUUUCUUAUCUUGACUUCCCAUUGUUGCAAUUUUGAGUGCAAUGACGGAAGCUGAUAGUGAAAUUAUAAAACCGGAGAUGCUAAAGGCGUAUGUGUGGCUUCAAACUUCUGAUGGUUCAAUACAGCAAGUAGAGCAAGAAGUUGCCAUGUAUUGCCCAUUUAUAUGUCAAGAAAUUCAUUCUGGCAUGGGAUCUUCGAAGAAUUAUCCCAUCUCUCUUCCUUCACGUGUCAAUCCUUCCAUGCUGAGCUUGAUACUUGAUUACUGCCGAUUCCAUCAAGUACCAGGACGUUCCAACAAGGAGAGGAAGUCCUUUGAUGAGAAGUUUGUUCGAAUGGAUACUAAAAGGCUUUGUGAACUGACAUCUGCUGCUGACAGCCUGCAGCUGAAGCCACUGGUUGAUCUCACUAGUCGGGCUCUUGCACGAGUAAUUGAAGGGAAGACUCCAGAAGAGAUCCGAGAGAUAUUUCAUCUCCCUGAUGAUCUUACAGAGGAGGAAAAGUUGGAACCUAUCAAAAACACCAUGGAUGAUCCGAGGAUUCGGCUAUUGAAUAGAUUAUAUGCUAGGAAGAGGAAAGAAUUGAAAGAAAGAGAGAGGUUGAAGGUGAUCACGUCAUUGUUUUUACCGUGUGAUAAUGUUGAGAUUGAAGAGGAACGUGGGGAUGAGCGUUCAGUUGAUGACUUGUUAUCAUUUAUUAACGGAGGCGGUGAAGAUUCCAAGGGGACUAGAACUUCUAAGAAUAAAAAGAAGAGCCGUAAAAGGAAAGAUCUCAAGGCUGCUUCUACAAACUGCACUAGUACUUCAAACAAUACCUCUUCUUCAAGCAAUGAUGUAGAUUUGAACAAGAAGGAAACAAAUGAGCUUCAUUCCGAGUCUGGUAAUCCUUCAUUACAUAACAAGCUUCUUAAUGAUGUUUGUAAUGCAACUAAGUUGCUCGACAUUGAAGAUGACGGAUUAGCUGCUGAAGAUGAGUUUGAUGGGAUUGAUCCUGCAUUAAAAGAAAAACUUGAUAGGGAAGUGGAAGACUUUGCGAGAAGGUUAAAUUCAGAUUGGCCAGAAAUAAUGCAAGAGAUUCUUUCUCGAGGUCAGGAGAGAAGACCGUUACCGUUAACAGUCAAUGGAAAUGGUUCCUUGAGGAGAUAUACAAGCUCAGAUCAGCGCCAUAAAUGAUACCCCGGAAACGCCUAUGGGCUUCAAAACAGACAACUGACCAGGAAAAAAAAAAAGAAAAUGGUUGGCACGCGACAGACAGGUUGGUUGUGGCGUCCAAACUUCGACUCAGAGUGGGAAUGACAUUCGAGUUCAUCGGGAAAUUUUUUGACAUUGUUAGAGAUUCAAUUUUGACAUUUGAGUUGACCUCGACAGCAAACAAUAAGGGAAAGGACGCGCUUUCAAGAUGCCGAUACCAGCCAAUUUUGCUUCUCUCUUCGUCUUUUUUCUUCGCUUUCAAGUUGACCUACUGACUGUUGGUUGUCAUAAUUUUAUCUCUUGUUGUACCAACCAAUUUGGAUUAGAGAUCAUAUUACUGGGAAGUCAACAGCCAAGUGAGUUGAAGUGUUGUAAAUAUCAACAGGGUUUGAUGGUUUCUUUUAAUUAUUGAAAGUAAGUUAAUCCC